GCAGCCCGCUCGCCUUAGUGUUUCGGAGGGCGUUACGCUCGGCUCCGCCCCGUGCCAGACCCCUCCUGCAUCCAGCCCGACUCAAGAGCCUCACUCUCAACGUAAUAAGAAUGUUGCCAAAUGAUGCGAAAAUAUCAUUUCAGAGCUUUCGCGAAAGGAAACCUACAAUAUGGCAACCUUGGCACCAGGCAACCCCAACCCGAGCGCUCGUCAAGGGCGGCCAGCGUCAAUUCGCUCAGGGUCUUCAAAGCGAUGGACUCCCGAGCAGUAUAUCGCAUCGAUAGGGGCCUAUGCGAAGCAGCGAAGUAACACGUUGUUUACGGGAGUCCACUUUACGAGGCUGGCGCAUAUCCUCGAACAGCCGUUCAGUUCUUCAGCGAAACGCGACUACACACCAUCUUCUACAUUCGCAACGCUUUAUAAAUACACUUCGGGAGGACCACCCGAAUACUGCGAGCCGAAGACGCCAGAGGAGCUCGCCCAACAUGCGGAAACAGAAGCCAACAGCAUUCUCUUCCUACGAGGCCAGCCAUGUCCCAUGUGGCUCGCGUAUGCAGGCGCAUCCUACCAUGUCGAUCCAGAGUUCUUUUAUCGCCAUCUUGAUUUUGUGUUUAGCAUGUCGAGGAAAAGAUACUUCGCUCAGCCGUCACUCAUAUCGACGUCACGGAACCUCAUACAACUCAGCUACAUGACCGUCGGCGAAUUACCCAGCUCGAUGGGCGAUAUCAGCCAGUUAAAGCUGGAUUCUCUCAGGGACUCUGCGGGCAAAGACAUGGUAGAAUAUUUCAAUAUCCUCGGGAAGAAUAUCACCAAGAGCUCGUCGCCUUCUGAAUCGAUCGUUCGCUCCUAUCACCUUCUCGACAAGCACCAUUUUGCGAUUGAACAGCAGGUCUCAAUAUACCUAGGUCAGACUGAGAAAGGCUGGACUGCCGUCGUUUGGCUCGACACCGGCAAGUCGUUGAGCCCGAAGGAGCCCGGACCGUGGGCGAAGACACUGCAGACGAACCAGGCAACGGGCCAAGAGACAUUCCUACCGUGGAUACAAGCGCAUCCGUUCGCCUCAUUGCAUGCAGCGAGCCUGUCCAUCGCCCACGACCGUCGACCCACGAAGGAAAUGGAGCAGUCAGCAUCGCUCAUCCACCUUGGCUACGGCAAGAGGUUGGACAAACAAAUCAUGGCUCAGGACCCCUUCUACGCACUGCACGAACUGUUCAUCAACUGCGCCUACUCCGAAGCGCAGUUCCUGAAUGUCAUAGAAUCCAAGAUCCGGGAGGACACGGCCGCCGAGCUCAUCCCUGACCGCAACGUCUCGCCAGCGAACAUGAUCUUCUUCCAGGGCCUGCUUGACAGGCAUGCAGAGUCAUUGCGCCGGAGUAUUAUGGCCAUCAACUCUCGAGAAGAUGCCGGAUGGCCGCGACCGACGGACACAGCGCUGAGGCAGAAGAGUACAGCAUUCACCCACACCCUCCUCCAGGAUUUCAGAAGUCUAUUAAACCGAACAGAGAUUAUGUCGGACUUGUGCAAAUCGCGACUUCACAUACUGAUGAGCAGAGCCGGUAUCGUCGAGUCCAACAAGGCGAUCGAACAAGCCAAAGAAGUGACCAAGCUGACCCGACUGGCCUUUGUUUUUGUUCCGCUGAGCUUCGUUUCUUCAUUCUUUGGAAUGAAUCUUGGGCCCUUCGUGGACAGGCCCGCUUACGGUCUUUGGAUAUUCUUCGCCAUUUCGGGCCCUCUGGUCCUACUUCUGCUCGUGUCCUUGAGUUGGAAUGUGUCACAAAUAGGCCACGUCUUCGCUAGGAAGGGAAAGAGGUCCAAGCAAGAGGAGCAUGCAUUUGAAACGAAGGACAGCGACUGAAAGCCAUAGAUGUGCAUUUGUUUCGAAUUCCUCUAUUAGCAUUUCACAUGUAUAAUAACUCAUGAAGGGCCACGCGAGACCCUGAUGCAGCACGCCCACAUCAGUAGAAAUGC